AUGGACGUCGAGUCAGGAAGAGAAGGAAUUACACAUUGGCAAAUGAUCACCGACCAGGGAGUGGUCACUCGGGAGAUCAUCAACUACGACUACGAGGGUGCGGGAACAGAGGAGGAUCCCUAUGUCGUCGAGUGGAUCGACAAUGACCCCAGGAACCCCAUGACCUGGCCCAAGUCGAAGAAAUGGAUCAUGGCCAUUGCCGUAGCAAACUCGGUCCUCGUCGUAUCAUUUUGCUCGUCUGCCUUCUCUGGAGGUAUCCAACAAAUCAUGAUGGAAUUCAAAGUUAGCCAAGAAAUCGUCACACUCGGUGUAUCACUGUUCGUCCUGGGAUUCGCACUUGGACCCCUCCUGUGGGCUCCCUUUUCGGAACUGUACGGCCGCCAGGUUGUCUUCCUAGGAACAUACUUCGCUUUCAUGGCUUUCAACGCUGGUGUUGCCGGCUCGGAUUCCAUUUACUCACUGCUCAUUCUCCGAUUUUUCGCCGCCGCCUUUGGAUCCAGUCCUCUGACCAACGCCGGAGGCGUUAUUGCUGAUCUCUUUACCGCCAACGAGCGAGGUGUUGUCAUGAGUAUCUUCUCUGCCGCACCUUUCAUGGGUCCAGUCUUGGGUCCCAUCAUCGGUGGAUUCCUUGGCAUGGCUGAAGGAUGGCGAUGGGUCAACGGCCUUAUGGCAAUCUGGGCCGGUGUGCUUCUCGUUGCUGUAGCCUUGCUUGUCCCCGAGACAUACCCUCCAGUCUUGCUCCGAAAGCGUGCCGAGAAGCUCUCUAAGCUCUCUGGCAAGGUUUACCGAUCCCGCGCCGACAUUGAACAAGGAAAGGUUUCGCUUGGAGAGGCCUUCGCUACUGGCCUCAAGCGCCCAUGGAUCCUCCUCUUCUGCGAACCCAUCGUCCUCCUCCUCUCCCUGUACCACGCCAUCAUCUACGGUAUUCUCUACAUGCUUUUCGGUGCCUUCCCCAUUGUGUACCGCGUGGGACGUGGCUGGAACGAGGGUGUCAGUGGAUUGCCCUUUGUUGCCGUCGCCAUUGGAAUCGCACUCGCCAUUACCUACGUCAUCACCAUCGACAACAAGAUGUACAGGAAAAAGAUUGCAGAAUCCGGUCGUGGAUUUGCCGCCCCCGAAGCUCGUCUACCCAUGUGCAUCAUUGGUGGCAUUGCACUCCCCGUUGGUCUCUUCUGGUUCGCCUGGACAAACUCUCCGUCCCUGCCAUGGGCUAUUAGUGUUGUCGCCUCGAUUCCAUUCGGAUUUGGCAUGGUUCUCAUCUUCCUGUCGAUCAUGAACUACCUCAUCGACUCCUACACUAUCUUUGCCGCGUCUGUCUUGGCUGGCAACGGUAUCAUUCGAUCAGUAUUCGGUGCUGCUUUCCCGCUCUUCACUUCGCAAAUGUACAAGAGCCUCGGCAUCCACUGGGCAUCAUCGGUCCCAGCCUUCCUUGCCAUUGCCUGUCUCCCGCUCCCAUUCCUCUUCUACAAGUACGGAGCCCAAAUCCGCGAGAAGUGCAAGUAUGCCGCACAGUCCGAGGCGUUUAUGCAACGCAUGCGCGACCAACACGCCGCAAAGGCAGCACGACAACAAGCUGCUGGCACCGAAUCAGAAGACACAUCUCGUGCCAACACCCUUACACCACAAGAAGAAGCCGAGGAGGAGGCGCACAUGGAGGAAUCCGAGCCCAGGUUCCAAGAAAUGAAGACCGAAAAGGAGACCGAUGGUGCUGAUGGUCUGAAGAGGAUUCACACUGGACGCUCAACAAGGAGCAGAAGAACAGUGCGCGACCUCGAGUUCGAACCGAACCCAUUCGACAUUGACCGUGUCAACACAAGAGAGAGCUUUGCGGGCAGGCCGCGAGGCAACAGCCGAGCGAGCACCAAGAAAUAG